AUGUAUUCAGACGACCCAAGAUGCACCGAACUCGCGUAUCCCGACCUGGUCAACUUUGGCGUCUCCGUCAUGCUGCUCUUCCUCAUCUUCUUCCCUCGAGCCACUUCACCAGCUAUAGAAGAAGAACAAGAUACCGACAUGCCCACAUGGAAAGAGGCCGUCCUCGUCCUAGGUGUUUCGCUCGCCUUCUUCGUCGUCGCAUUCAUCGGCUCCGUCGUUUUCGUAUACGCGCUCCCUUCACACGUUCGCGGAUGGGCAAACUUCCUCGGCUUGCUUGCUACCGUCCUUGCCGCUAUACAAUACAUACCACAGAUCCUCAUGACUUGGAGACUACAGGAAACCGGAAGUCUAUCCAUCCCUAUGAUGUGCAUUCAGACACCGGGGAGCUUCGUCUUUGCCGCAAGUCUAUAUGCGAGGCUAGGACCUGGAGGCUGGAGUGCUUGGGGCUUGUUCAUCUUUACGGGCAUCCUCCAGGGUUUCCUACUCGCUAUGGGGUUGUCUUUCGUUCUGAGAGAUAGAAAGAAGCAGAGAGACCAGCAGCUUGCUGAUGUCGAUGGGAGCGGCGUUGCUGGUGAUAGCGAGCGAGCGCCAUUGCUGCAUGGUGAAAGAUGA